AUGCUCGGAGGUUAUGGAAGCGACUGGACUCGCCGUCGAUAUUCUGAAACAGAAGGGAAAUCCGAAAUUUGUACUGAAUUAGCAACAACCUUAUCAAAAAGUACAACCCCUCAACCCACCAAAGUUCGUAGAUUAUCAUUUGCUCGACAUGCUUCAGUGAUCGAAUCAACUACUGGAACAUCAUCACAACCUAGGAUUCCAUUACAAAUUUCAAAAACUUUUAAUUUUCGUCAUCAAACUGAUCAAGAAGCUCCAACAUCUUUUAAAGACUUGAUUGGUGAGAAAUCUAGAUCUGGUAGUUAUUCUUCUAAUACUACUGAAGAAAUUACUACUACUUCAAGUGAACAUGAUUCUACUACCAUCUCUUUGGAAGUUCAGUCUAUACUAGAUGGAUCAUCGAAAAAACCAUUUCAUAUGGCUAAUUUCGAGUGUUUCUUACAAGACUCUAAGAAACUUGAUCCACUUGAAGAAACAAACUCAUGGUUAAUACAUGCUUCUGUCAUGGUGGCAUUCUUAUUGGAAUUCAGAAGCUACGCUGAAAUGUUUGCUCGUAUACCGGCACACGAGAAGACAGCUUCACCUCAUCCGUUUGAUAUCAUUUGCAUCAUCAAUUCUGGCUUACCACACAACCCUUCACAUCCAUCACUCGCGCAUACAAGGAAUGAUGAACGUCGAGCAUGUUUUGAUGAAUAUUACAAGAAUCAUUCUAACGAAUACCCUACUCUUGACACAACCAACUCCUCAAAACACUCUCCGGUAAGAAAAGUCAAUUGGGCAGCUUCGGUUCGAUCAUACUCGACCGACCGGCUUGUUGAACCUACUUCAAUCUCUCAACCUUAUCCAUCAAGAUCUCGUCGAGCAAUCUCAGUCUCGUGCUCCAACAUCUCCUCAGCCGUUAGCUCAGUUCUUCCUGAUGGCUUAAACCCUGAAUCACAACCCAUGAGAUCUGAGUUCGAUGGGUUGAUUCAAAAAUAUUUGGGAAGCCGAAACGCCUGGGAUCAAGCAGGUGGACUGUUAUCUCAAUUUGAUGAAUUGAAAUCCGAUUUGAUGACACGUGCAUUACUAGAAGCUAAAUACACAAACCAUCCUGCUGUUCUAGCAGGUCUUGUAGAAUUUAUCCUUCAAGGUCUUAACCAACAUGUCAUUCCAAUCUUUAUGGAAAAAACAUCAGAUCAUUCCAAAAAAAACAAAGGUAUAAUUGCUAUCCGAAUGGUAGCUGGUUUGUUAAUCCUUUUAAGUGCAACUAUCCUUGAAUUGAUCCUUAUCAUCUUACCAUCACCUUUGGCCAAAGCACUUGAGAUCAGGACGAUUCCAAGAUGGUUCCGGUUGACAUUCUUACCAUUAUUUGUGAUAAGUACUCUUUUGAUUUCUAUGGACCGAUUCAAUAUCUGUUGUUUUACUUUUUGGUCGCUCAAGUCUAGUUGUGUUAGUUGUCUAUCAAGAAGAAAGAUGCAAGGGAUUGGUGGUAAAUUGAGUCAAUCCGAAAAACAAAGUUUAGAUAAUAUGGAAGAAAACUUGUUGGGUAAAAAUAGAUCUUCUGAGCCCCAAAAAGCACAUGAGAUGAAGAAGAAUGCAUGUUGGUGGAUUCUCACUUCUUUGGUCCUCACAUUACUCUUACAAACCACUUUCUUGCUCUUACCCGCCACACACUUGAAAGAAAAAUAA